AUGGGUUUUCUGUUGCUUGUGUCCCUAGGUUUACUGUCGCUUGCGUCCAUUGGUUAUCUGGCUCUUGCUGCCAUUGGUACUCGAUGCAACCCUGUCAUUGGUUCUGUGGCUCUUCCUGCGGUUGGUAUUCGGUCCCUUGCGUCCAUUGGUUCUGUGGCUCCUGUUGCCAUUGAUGUUCGGUCUGUUGUGUCCAUUGGUUGUCUGGCUACUGUUGCCAUUGAUGUUCGGUCUGUUGUGUCCAUUGGUUGUCUGGCUGCUGCUGCCAUUGAUGUUCGGUCUGUUGUGUCCAUUGGUUGUCUGGCUGUUGAUGCCAUUGAUGUUCGGUCUGUUGUGUCCAUUGGUUGUCUGACUGUUGAUGCCAUUGUUGUUUGGUAUGUUGCGUCCAUUGGUUGUCUAGCUCAUGCUGCCAUUGGUUUUCGGUCGCUUGCGUCGGUUCCUCUUCUGUCGCUUUUGUCCCACUUCCUGAUGCCCCAGUACGUUUUUUACUUUUACUUUGGUUCUUUAGAACGAUUUCCUUACACGUCCUUGCAUUAUGAGUUGUGCUAUGGCGUCUACUACACCUUCUUAUUUUUGGUUCCUCGCCUUGAGAGGGAAUACGAUUGGUGUAUUUUGGUCUGCCGGCUUGACGUAUUUCCAUCACAGGAGGUUUAA